AGUGCACCGCGCACUAUUUAACAUUUUUCAACAAACAAAGACUCCAAAGAAUUAGGUGUCGUGGUAGGAUUGAUAGAUAUGGCUGCCAAACUUAUGCAAGCUGUCCAGUACACUUCCUAUGGCGGAGGUGUCUCUGGAUUGAAGCAUGUUGAAGUUCCUGUUCCAACUCCAAAGAAUAAUGAAGUUUUACUCAAAUUGGAAGCAACUAGUAUUAAUCCAAUUGAUUGGAAGAUUCAAUCUGGUGUUCUUCGUAUUGCUUUUUUGCCCAAAAAAUUUCCUCAUAUACCUUGCACUGAUGUAGCAGGAGAGGUAGUAGAGGUUGGACCACAAGUCAAGGAUUUUAAAGCCGGAGAUAAAGUUGUUGCGAAACUCAACCAUCAAUAUGGAGGUGGACUAGCUGAGUUUGCGGUGGCUAGCGAGAGCUUAACAGCUGUCAGACCAUCUGAAGUCUCAGCUGCUGAAGCUGCAGGUUUACCUAUAGCCGGUCUCACAGCUAGGGAUGCACUCACCGAAAUUGGAGGAGUUAAGCUUGAUGGGACUGGCGAGCCCAAGAACGUUUUGGUAACUGCUGCUUCAGGUGGUGUUGGUGCAUUUGCUGUUCAGCUUGCCAAACUAGGGAACAACCAUGUGACAGCCACUUGUGGCGCUCGCAACAUUGACUUUGUUAAGAGCUUAGGUGCUGAUGAGGUUCUCGACUACAAAACUCCAGAGGGAGUAGCACUCAAGAGUCCAUCCGGUAGGAAAUACGAUGCCGUGGUACAUUGCACCACUGGAAUACCAUGGUCAACUUUUGAACCUAAUUUGAGUGAAAAGGGGGUUGUAGUCGAUUUAACACCUGGCCCAAGUUCAUUGUUGACUUUUGCACUGAAGAAACUUACUUUUUCAAAAAAGCGGUUGGUGCCGUUUGUUGUAACUGUCAAGCGUGAGGGUUUGGAACAUCUGACUCAAUUGGUGAAGGAUGGGAAACUGAAGACAAUUAUUGAUUCCAAGUUUCCUUUGAGCAAAGCAGAAGAUGCUUGGGCUAAGAGCAUUGAUGGCCAUGCUACAGGAAAAAUCAUUGUGGAACAAUAGGCACAGUUUGCUUGGUGAUGUUGUAUUUACAGUUUCAAUUUUUCUACACAAGGUUUGUGUGUGUUUUAUAUAGAAAUGAAAAACCUGGGAUACAUCAUAUGCUGUAAGGAUUUUAAAUUCAUAUAUGUCUUGAUUCUAUCUUGUUGGUUUGUACUAUUGUAUGAUUUCACGAGGUCAAAGUCAAUCAUGUUGAUUUAUUGUGAGAA